GGCGGGUCCAAAGAUUACAACAAGUGUUUUGGGGUGUCCCGGAGGCAGAUUUCUCUCUGUGAAGAGUUUAAGGACGCUCUUUGGAGAGGAGACAAUCCAGGCUUUACGCACGGAGCGUCUGCGGAUGAAAGCAGGACUGAGAGACUACUAAAAGUUGUACUCGUGAAAAAUCCGCCGACAGCAGCCAACAUGAAUGAAUCCAACCGAACCAUUGAUCCGAGCUGCAGUGACAAACCUCCUCUCGCCAUCGACAUCAUCCUCAAGUUGGACAUCUUUGGCAUCAUCCUGUACUCAGUGCUCACCUUCAUGGCGGCCGUGUCCAUGCUGGUCUUCAUCGAGGAAUGUAUCUACAUCUAUAGGAAAGUGCCGUCCAAUAAGAAGAGUGUCAUCAUCUGGGUGAAUGGAGCUGCGCCGGUGAUUGGCACCAUGUCCUGUCUGGGGAUGUGGAUCCCCAGAGCCACCAUGUUUACUGAUAUGACCUCAGCCUGCUACUUUGCCGUCGUGGUGUUCAAGUUCUUGAUCAUGAUGCUGGAGGAGGUGGGGGGCGACGAGGCAUUCCUGCGGCGAGCGGCGAAACACAAACUGAAGAUCAGCACUGGGCCGUGCUGCUGCUGCUGCCUCUGUCUACCACACGUGACCAUCACACGGGGCACACUCUUCCUGCUCAAACUUGGCUCUUUCCAGUUUGCUCUCCUAAAGCUUGUCUUCACCAUCCUUUCCAUUGUCCUGUGGACCAACGGGAAGUUCGACCUGGCUGAUAUGAAUAUUACCGGAGCUGCUAUAUGGAUCAACCCAUUUGUGGGCAUCCUGACAAUCAUCGCCCUGUGGCCCGUGGCGAUCACGUUCAUGCACCUGAGGGUUACCUUGCGGACACUAAAGAUCAUCCCCAAGUACGCCAUGUACCAGCUGGUCCUGAUCUUGAGCCAGCUGCAGUCCGCUAUCAUCAACAUCUUGGCUCUUAAUGGAACUAUCGCCUGUACACCACCUUUUUCUGCUGCAGCCAGAGGAUACAUGAUGAGUCAGCAGCUUCUGAUCCUGGAAAUGUUCAUCAUCACGCUGGUAACACGUCUGCUAUAUCGUCGACAGUAUGAGCCUUUACCUGAAGAAGAACAUGACGACAACGAAAACACCAAGAUGGUCGCGUUGCCGGAGUCUGCAUGAGACUGACUCUGUGUGUGUGUGUGUGUGCGUGUGUGUGUGUGUGUGUGUGUGUGUGUGUGUGUGUGUUGUUUUUAUUUCCCUGCAACAUUUGAUUAAGAGACUAUAUGAGCAAAUAAAUAUAUAUAUAUAUAUAUAUAUAUGAAUUACAUGUAAAUUAAUCUUGUGGAUGUUCAUUGAGGGCCACAGAUUUGCAAGCUCUCCAUAACUGUUACAGGACAGCCAGAUCAAGCAGUAAUAACUGACUUUUUCCCACUUUGUUUCUUCUCAAUUACCAAAAAAAAGAAACCAUGCAAAUUUAUGCAAGAGGCUUAUUUGGUAACACUUUAUUUUACAGGUCCAUAUUCCCCCUUUAAUUUCCAAGGAAGUGUCACGGAAAGAAUAAUGUAGUUUGAUACUAAGUACAGAGAAAAAGAAAAUUCUGAUGAUAUUUGAGGUUUAGUGUUGAGUUGUUGAUUUAUGGAGGAAUUCCUUUGAAAUCCCAGCAACUAUCAUUAUCAAUUUAUUGUUAUUUUACAUAUACAGUACUGUGCAAAGGUUUUAGGCGCUAAAAGUAAAGUGAGAAUGCUUUA